AUGCUGUCCCUGGCAGAGUUCGUCGUCUGGGUCGUGGGCGUAUCCGUGCUCGUCUUCCGGAGCGCGUUCGAAGCAUACCGGCUCACGAACACCACCUUCCUCAUCAUCGAGGUAGACGACAUCUAUUCCGAGCACCCAUACAUCUACGCCAAGCUCGUGCCCGAGGCCGACACGAUCCUCCUCCUCGACACCGGCUGCGGGAGCGCGUCGAGCGACCGCACCGUCGAGAUCACGAGCCUGCGCGCGUUCCUCGAGCGCGUGCCCGUCGCGGAGAACGGCGGGCGGCCGAUCAACGACGGCGCGCGCAUGCGCUACGUCGUCGCGCUCAGCCACUGCCACUAUGACCACAUCCUGGGUGUCGAGCAGUUCGCGUGCGACUCGCCGGUCUUGCAGUCCGCCCACUCGCCCGCCUUCGUCGCGCGCGAUGCGCUCCCUGCGAAUUCUCUUUGCACCGCUCUCGGCAUCCGCACGCCCCAGUUCGCGUCCAUCUUGGUCCCGCAUAACACCAUGUUAACUUCGGUAUCCGGUGUUCCACUGGGCAUGACGCUGCUCCAUACACCCGGCCACACACCAGACGAAGUCGCGCUUUGGGACGCCCAUGACCUGAUGCUCUACGUCGGUGACACCGUUUACGAGUGGGAGCCGAUCAUCUUCCCCGCGCAAGGUAAUAUCAGCGUAUGGUUUGCGACGAUUGACCAACUGGAAGCGGUCGUGAUGAGUUCCCGACUUCCGGAGGCCGUCAGGAUUAACUGCGGACACCGGACGGUGACGCGGCCCGCGUUGGAGGUGCUACGGGCGGCGAGGCAGUUCGUGUCGGACAUCCUAACGGGGAAUGUGGAGGUCCGCUGGCGAAGGUGGAGAAGAGGCGAGUGGCAUGUGGAUUAUAGGCAGGAAGGCGGACAGUUCAGCGUGCGGUGUCCGGAGCGGCUCGUCGAGGAAGCACGACAUCAACGACGACUAUCUAUUUGA